UAUCGUUUUUAAUUUUGUUUCUUAAUGGUUACUAUGAUAUAUACAUAUGUAAAUAGAAACAGUAAAAUGAAUAAUAUAAUGUGCUUUACAAAGUAUAUUUUUAACAAAGAUUUUAGACUCCACUAAUAAUAUGUUUAUAGCAGUAAUAAUUCAUAUAUAAGCUAAAUAUUCCAAGUAUCCAAGGAUACUUAGAAAAAAAGCAAUAUGUCUUAUGCAGAACAUGGUCCACGAAUUUUUUUAGCUAAUAAAUAUAACGCUGGAACACCACUGAUAUACGGUGAUUAUGUUUUGCCAAAAAAACGAUUGGAAGGUCGAUUAAAACUUUAUGAUUCUUGUUCAGAUAUUAGAGCAUGGAGUCCGAACUAUUUAGAAAAUUCACGUUAUUUUCGUGAACUCAAUGAAAAUGGUUCACCAAUUGGAAAAAUAAUACCAUUUCAUGUUGUGAUUGAUAAUAUAAUUCAUCUGAAUUCACAAGCUCAAAAUGAACUUCAGAUAGUUAAAGAAGAAUUGCAAAAAUAUAAAUGUCUUAAACUUUCUCCUAAACAAGAACAACAAUUACACAGUUUCGAAAAUAAAGAAGAAAUUAAGAAACGGUUGCAAAAUGAUAAUUGUACUACAUCAUUUCCUUUAAGGGAUGCAUUUGUUGAUAUUAGUAAAUCAGUAGCUACAAUUAAUUCAAAUUCAUGUUUAUCAAUUCAUAUACCCUAUAAAGGUCAUUUUCAAAAUAAUAUAAAAGAUGAAUCAACUUUACGAAAUCGAUCAAACGAAGUGUGUCCUUAUUCUUUAACCGCAUAUGAUUCAUCUUUAAAUAAUUCUAAUUUAGUACCAUCGUUUCGAAGUAUUAAAUCAUUUCUCACUGAAGGUACAGUAAAUAAAUAUAUAAAAUAUUCGCAACUUCUUUACAGUUUCAAUUUUUAUCCUGAUUUCUCAGAUUUUAGUGAAAAACCAUUACCCUGUAUAAAAUGUAUCGAUGUAGCUGUACAAGUAGAAAUGGAAAUGUGCAAUGCAGGAAAGAUAGAUAGUCAAAUGGCUAAAUAUUUCAAUAAAAGUUCAACUAAAUCUGUAAUGUCACAAACUUCAUUUGCUUACAAGUACAGCGAUGAAGAUAAUAGUAUGACAGAAACAGGCAGUAGUAGUUUACAGACAAAUAAUGAUAAAGAACAAAGUUUUGAAUGUGAUGCAUCUUGUAGUGAAAGUUCACAAAAUAGUGAAACUACAAUAGAAUUUUGUACUGAAAUGCAAGCAGAAUCGAAUCUUGAUUUACAUCAAAGGAUUCAUAAAGGAAUUAUUAUUCAAACAGAAUCAAAAAUCAUUGCUUUAGAACAUGAAUUAUGUGUGAGAGAUGCUGAUUUAAAAGAACUACAAGAUGUGAAAAAUGAUUUGGAAAAAUCAUUGCAAGAAAAGGAAGAUUAUAUCAAAACUCAACAAGAGAAUCUUAAAUUAUUAUAUGACCGACUAUUGAAAUUACAUCAGCAACAUAAUUAUGAAAUAGAAAAUUUAAAACAAAAGCUCCGUGAUUACAAAUAUUUAAUAGAACAACUCCAACAAGAUCUAUCUAAUAAAUAUGAAACUUGUCAUUUACAAUCACAAGAAAUAGAAAAGCUUAAAUUAUGUGUUAAAGAUGUAGCAAUGCUACAGUUGGAGAAAACUUCCUAUAUAGAAAAAUUACAAGAAAUGGAACAAUCAGUUAAAAAAGCUAAAACGUGCAAUUUAGCAUUGCAACAAAUAAAAAGUAUCUUGCAAGAGAAAAAUGAACUUAAAAAAGAAAAUUAUGAACAAUGUCAUAUAUUGAUAGAUCAAGAAGAAGAAAUAAAUCAAUUAAUAAAUGAAAUAUCUAUCGCAUAUGAAGAACAGAGAAAGACAAAAGAUAUAUUAGAAAAUUUAAAGGCUGAGAUUCAUAAUAAGGAUAUUAAAAUUUCUCAAUAUGAGAAAGAAUUACUUUCUAUGAAACAAGAAAUUAGUGACUUUUUUAAUAAUUUGAAACAUGCUUUAAACAAUUUGGAAGAACUCAAUGGAUUAUGUGAAGAUGUUUAUAACUGUACAAACUGUGAACUGGAUAUUAAUGAAGAAGCAAACAAUGUGUUGCAAAAUAUAAAUACUAUUAUGACAAGAUUCCAGAGUUAUAAAAUAGAAAGUCAAAAUCUUGUACAAGAAAUAGAAAAUUUAAAGCGUUGUAUAGAAAAUAAUAAACAACAAAUUCAUCUCGAUCAGAAUUUCAGAAACAUAAUUGACGAAGACUUUUAUUACGAACCUGACAUAAAUUUAAAAAAUACAAGUGGAAAGGACAACAUGAUUGUCCUAAAUAUCAAACAAGAUAAAAGUAGUACGAAUGAAAUAGAAUUGGAAGAAGUUUCUAAUUCUGUUAACAGUAAAAAUUCCUUAUGCACAACAAGCAACAAUUUAGAUAUCUAUAAACAUAAAACUGAAUGUCACAAUUACAUUAUUAAACUGGAUAAUAAGACUAAUAUCGAUAAAGUAGAAAAAGAAAUCAUUGAGUAUUUUUCACAGUCUCUAAUUAAACUUCAUUCCCUUACUCAGAAAUUAAAAAUAUAUGUAGAAACUGAGCGUCCCUUUGUAAUUAAACUAAUUUAUAAACUCCAUGAAAUUCUGGAAGAUAUUCAAUCAGCUGUUAAUAUCUCUCAAGAUAUUACAUUGAGGAAGCUACGUAUUUCUAAAUUAUAUAGCCAACAUAAAGAAGAAUAUGUAAAGUACAAUUCUUGUGUUGAAGAAGUACCCACUGAUUUAUUCAAAAUACAAAAUAGAAUAAAUGAAUUUAUUGAAGCCAUUCUAUAUCAAUUAUUAAAUGAAAUAUUACGCAUAGAACAAGAAAGUUUACAUAACAGGAAAAUUAAUUGUGCGUUUGAAAUGUAUUUCAAAUCUUGUAUCGAUCGAGUGAACAAAGUCGUUCAAGGUGCUGGAGAUCAACGCAUACAAAUAGUUGACGUAAUUGAAAAGCAACAAAGAGAGUUGCAAGAAAAGGAUACAGAAAUAGCUCAAUUAAAGAAAGAAAUAGCAGAACAUUUAGAAAGAAGAAGAGGGGAAGGUGAUUGUUUAAAUCAACAGGAAUUUGAAAAGAGCAUUGCAAUUAAACAAGAAUUAUCAAAAGUGAUUACAGAACUUAGUAAUAAAAAUGCACUUAUAUCAGAAUUAAAAGGUCAGCUUCAAAUAUUUAAAAACGAAUUGAAGAGAAAAAAUAAGAAUUUGUACAAUAUUAAAAAUAAAUUAUGGAAAGAAUGUCAACAGACAAGGAAACGGUUAACAAUGAAAAAUUUAGAAAUUAAGAAUUUAUACAAGAAGCUUCACAAUCUCUCUAAAAUAAAUGAUUUAAAUAAUGCUAUGGAAAACGAACUUUCAAAAAUGAAGAAAGAAUUAUCUGACAUUCAACUUAAAAACAGCAUCAUCCUAGAAGAACAGAAAGAAGAAAUUAGGAAAAGAAAUACGAUUAUUUCCCAAAAAGAUGAAACUAUAGUUAUCUUAAAAAAUAGACUUGAAAAAAAUGAAACCAUUUCAUCUCGAGAAAUCGGGGAACAUGAAAUUGUAGUAAAAGAAAAGGAGGAUGAAAUUGUAAAACUACAAAAUGAAAAUAAAUUGUUAGGUGAAAAAUUAAAAGAUAAUGAGAGUAAAUUCAUCAGAAUGAAUCAAACAAUUACGUCUUUAACAGAACAACGUGACAAAAUUAAUAUCAUAUAUGUGGUGCAAGAAGAUCUUGCAAAAUUAGACAAAAAUAAGGAAAAAUUGAAGGCUGAGCUUAACAGCUUGAAAGUGCAACUUGUAAAUGAUCAAAAUAACAAUAAAAAACUUGAUACUGAUUUAGGCAUAAUUCUACAUGAAAAUGAGAUUUUACAAAAAUAUGUAGAAUACUGGAAAAAUGAAAACUCUGAAUUAACAAUGAAACUCUGUAAUAAAAUUUCCGAAGAAAAACUAAAAAGCCAAUUAUAUGCUCUUUCCAAUAAUAUACUUCAAAAGCUUGAAAUCCUUAAAAAGCAAUGUACUUCAGAAGAAAAUUUAGCAAAUCUUCAAUUUAGUGAACACUCGCUGAAUAAAUGCACAAUACAUCAAGAUGAGAUAAUGCCAUUAACAACGAAUUAUAUAAAUAGAGAUUUUAAAUUAAAAACUAAUAAUCAGGAAAGAGAAAUAAAGGAAAAUGAAAUAGAGGAAGUUGAAUUGCGACAACUACUAAAUACUGCAAAUAUAACAAAAAAUAUAAAUACAACUAGUUGUACAAUGUUUAAACAGUUUGAAUCUUCAGAAAAUAACAACAGGAAAAUGAAAUACAAAACGAUAUCUUUCGAAAAUGUGCACUAUGAAGAUCAAAAUGAAAUUGAAAAUUCACUAAAUGAAAUUGAAAUUAGAGAUUGCAAAAUAAGAAAUUAUACAGAAACCAUAGAACAAUUAACACAAGAAAACAUGGACCUUCGUGCUGUUCUUAAAUCUCAAGCAGAGUAUCAAAAUAAAUUAACAUUAAUGAAGAAAAAUUACGACAGCAGUUUAAAGGCAGUGAAUGAAAGGCAUAAAAAAAAUAUCGAAAUUUUACAAACUCAGUUCGAAGACAAUUUAAAAAGUGAAAGAAUUUUUGAUUCGGAAAACUGGUUGCAGUCACUAAACAUGAAAGAAUUAAUGGAACUUAACGAACGGAUAAGCGUAAUUAUUAAUAGCAAUUCAAAUUUAAUGUGUGCAAAAAAUAAAAAUCAGUGUUUUUACGAAAAUGAUGUACACAAGGAAUUUUAUACAAAAAUUGAUGAAAUAGAAGAAAAGAUGGAAAUGAGGCCAAAAAAUAUAUAUGGAAGAGAACAAACUAAUACACGAUUAGAAAAGCAAUGGCCACUUACCAUUUUUAAUGAUAUACAAAAUUAUCCAACUUUACAAAGACAAGAUGAUAAACUUAGUUUGGAGCACAGUAUUAGAUAUCGUUAUUGCGAAGAAAAGCCCUCAGAACUGGAAAACAAAUAUGAAAAAGAAAAACAAGUAGAAAAAGAAAAACAAGUAGAAAAAGAUAGUACUUUUGAUCAACAAAGAUGGAAUUUUAUAAAGCAAUGUAGCGCAUACCAUAAAUUGAGCACCACUUACGAAUAUUCGCGGACUAUUCACACAGAUUAAUUUUAUUAGAAAGUUUUUUUUUUAAAUAAAACUUCUUAAUAAAUUAUAAAAAAAUAAUUUAUAAAAAUUUGUAACAAGUGCAACAUAUUUUUACGCACUUAUUCCAAAUUUUAAUGUUGCAAUAUUUUUGAUACUUGAU